AUGAAUAAAGAAUUUAAUUUAAUAAAAACAACAAAAACAAUUAAAAAUUUAAAUAAAAGAUUAUUUUUAUUAAAAUAUUUUAAACAAAAAAUUUGGCAAAUCCACAAACUGUCAACUCUUCUUUUUUGUUUUUUAAUUCUUUUAAAUGGACUUUCUGCUUCUCUUUCGGCUAUAGAAAAAAGUAAAUUGGCAAAUGAAUUGAAAAAAAAAAUCUCAACAAUUAAUUUAUCUUCAAUUUCUGAUGAAGAAGAAUUGACACAAGAACUUUUGUCUUUAUUUGAUUAUGAUAGUAGUGAAGAAAAUAAUAAUUAUUUUAAAGAAGAGGAGGGAAAUGAAAUUUUGGAUAUACAAUUUAGUAAAGAUUUAGAAGAAGAAGAGGGAGGAAAUAAUGAAAAUAAUGCUCAAGUUUUAUUACAAUUAUUAGAUGUUAUUGAUGAAGAAGGAAUUGAAAUUGAAAAAGAAUUUAAUAAAACAAAAAAUGAAAAAGAAGAAAAUAAAAUAUUAAAUAAUAAUGAGGGGAAGGAGGGGGAGGAAUUUAAUUCAAUUAAUUCAACAAUAAUUAAUCCAAAUAAUUUAUUUAAUUUAACAACAAAAAAAGAAGAGAAAGAAAAGGAGGAAAUUAAAGAUACUAUUUUAAAUUCAACAAAUUUAAUUAAUAAAGAAAUUAAAAUUGAAGAAACAACAACAAUUAAUUUAACAAAAAAUGAAAUUAAUUUUAAUCAAGAAACAACAGAAAAUAAUAUAAACAACAAUAAUAACCAAAUAUUAUAUACUACAACAACAAAUUCUGUUUCCUUCCCAACUUCCACUACAACAACUACUGAACAAACAAUUUUACCCACAACACAAUUAUUUAAUGUUGUAAACACUACAACAAAAUCAGAAUUAAAAAAUUCAACAACAAAUUCAACAACGAUAGAACAACAAAAUAUUAAUUUAUUUAAUUCAACAAAAGAAUUAUUUUUUGAAACUAGAACAACUUCAAAACCUUUAAAUAAUUUUACAAUAAAAGAAGAAGAGAACAACAUUACUACAAAACAAAUAACAGAAGAAGAAAAUAAUAAUUUAUUAAUUAAAGAAGACGAAUCAAAAGAAUUUUUGGAAAUGAAAUUAAUUAAAAAAGAAGAAUUAAAUUUGGCUAUUUUAAAAUUAGAUAAACAAAUACACGAAAAUGGAGAUUUAAAUAAUAUUAAUUUUGAAGAACUUCAAAAAUAUAAAGAAAAUUUAAAAAGAAUAAUAACAACAAUAGAUACAGCUUUAAAUACAAUGGAAAAUAAUGAAAAUAAUUUACAAGAAGAAAAAGAAGGAGAAAAUAAUUUAAAUAAAAAUAAAUUAAUUAAACAGUUAAUUAAAGAUAAUUUUAAAAUUAAAAGUGCAAUAUCUUCCUCAUUACCUAAUUGGAGAUCUAAAUAUUUAUUAAAUAGAAUUAAUUCUUUUAAUAAAAAUGUUGAAGAAAAUAUUCGAAAAAGUCCUCUUCAAUUAACAAAUAAAACAACAACAACAUUAAUUCCCCAUAAUUCUGAAGAAAAUAUUACAACAAUAACACCAUCAACAAUAAAUACAACAAUAAUAAUACCUCUUUUAAAUCAAACAUUUAAUGAAAAUAUUGGUGAAAAUAUUUCAACAACAGAAAAAGAAGAAAAAGAAAAUACUCCUCAAUUUGAUAUUUUAAAUGACUCUUUAAAUGAUUCAUUAACUACAUCUUCAACUUCAUCUACAUUCAAUUCAAAACCCAAUAUUUUAUUACAAUCAAAUAAAUUAUUUAUUCCAAAAAUAAUUAUUCAAAAUUCUAUUAAAAAUUUAACAAGUUCUAUACUCGAUCAAUGUAAACAUCUAAGUCAACCAGAAUUAGUUGAUGAAUUAAAAAGGAAGGGGACUUACAAUCCAGAAUUAAUGGCUUGGGAUGUUAGCGGCGUUUUUAGAUUUCUUGAUCGUUCAAUUGUUGAUCAAUAUGAGAAACAAAUAAAAACACAAAAAUCUGGAGAACAAGCAAUUAAAAGGAAUAUUGAAGCUUUGGAAAAGUUGCUUGGAGAAUUAAAAUUACAUUGUAAUAUCCGAACUCCAGAGGCUUUAUCAAGAUUUGGCAAUAUAACAUUAGCAAAUCCAAAACAUUCAAUAAUAUCCCCUUCAAUGCGUGGGGGUUAUUGGGAGGAAGGGGAGGAGAAUAUAAUGAUGACUAGACAAAAAAGAAAUACAAUUUUUGCUCAAAAUCUUUUUAAUUCUUCUUCCGAAAGAAGAAAAAGAAGUGAUUUUAAAAAUAAAAAACAAUUAAAAUCUCAAAUAGGGGAUGUACAUAUAGUCCCUUUUGGGUGUGAUAAAAGAGGAUAUUCUGAGGAUGGUUAUUUACGUUUAUGUAGUGCUUGUCAAGCAAUUAGAAAAUUACCUGGUGAUUUUUUCCCUCCCUUUAUUAACGAAGUUGUUUGCAAUGAAGAUAAAGCUUGUUUAUAUUUUUAUGAAUAUCCUCAUGGGAAAUGUAAACAAAAAUAUAUGAAUUUUGUUGUUUUGAGAAAUGUUGGAACGCCGUUAUGUCAAGUUUGGGAAAAGUUUAAUUUAAAUGUUAGAGUUUCUUGUGAAUGUUUUGUUGAUGAAAUGUCUUUUUUUGCUAAAUAUGUUUAA